CCACAGCGAGUGUUUGCAAAAUCUCAGCUAAAAACUGCGCAUUGCAAGACAAGUUUGCUCAGUUUACUUUCGUCAACGUUGGUGUCAAGAUGCAGUCCAUGUUAAAGCUCCGCUAUGCAGUUGCGCUGCUGCUCGCGCUGAAUUGCGUGCUACUUUGCGCAGCACAAGGCGGCAAUGGCGGUUGGGGUGGCGGGCCCGGUGCACCAGGUGCUCCCGGCGGUGGUAGUGGAGGCGGCGCUCCUGGUGCUCCUGGCGGUAGUGGCGGUUGGGGUAAUGGUGGUGGCGCGCCCGGUGCUCCUGGCGGUAAUGAUGGCGCACCCGGCGCGCCUGGUGCACCGGCUGACGGGCAUUACGGCCACUACGGUCAUAUGAACAGUGCGGCUGGAUUUGCACAGUUACAGUGGUUGUUGGUGUUGAUGCCAAUCACGUUUCUGUUGAAAUAUUUUUAAAGCAAUUAUAUUUGUAUAAUUUUAUAUAUAUUUAUAUGUGUGAUAUCGUUAAAUAACUGCGUCGCAUUAUUGAUUUGAGCUUCGUAAAAAGUAUUGAGACAUUGCAGUCACAAAUUUAUUUUGUAAAUUACGUUUUUAAAUAAAUAUGAGCACGUAAAAUAAUAAGUUUUAA